CCGCGACCAGAAGGGACCUCAGAUCUGGAGGUUCCGCUCGCGGUAAUGGCAAGCCGCGAUGGCGCAUUGGGACAUGAGUGACCUCGCUACGGUGGAGAAGAGACUCAACGCUGCAUUGGAAGACGCCUCGACAAAUCGUACAGAGCGACGUAAAUCGGCAGGGCUGGAGUGGGAAGCCUCGAACACCGCCGACCCCAAUCGUAUCAGCUUCCUGGGCCUCUCCCUCGAACUGCGGGAAAUGAUAUACAAAGAGGCUCUCGUCUGCGAGGAGUUGACUUGCAACUGGCUUCCCGACAAUCCUGAAGAACGAUACAUCAACAAGAACAACCGCAAAGCUCAACCAAACGUGGCUCUUUUUGAUGUUUGUCGUCAGAUAAGCGCCGAAGCACAAAAGGUCUAUUACGGCAUCAACACCUUCACCACUCGCCGAAUGUUUGCCUUCGAACUGGCUGGCCGAUACGCUAUGAUGGUGCCCGCUCCUUACAAGGACCUUGUCCGUCAAGUCCAAUACUCUUUCGACUUCAGACAUGUGUAUUGUCGCCCAAACCAGUUUCGCACCUACAUCGACAUGGUACGGAGAUGGUUUCCCUCCGCACAUGUUGAGAUCAAGCUCUGGGACUACCCCUCUUCUGCUCACUUCGAGAACUUUACAUCCCGAGAAGAGCAUUCCAAUCCUGGAAUCGGUUUGUGGAGAGAAUUGACCGGCUGGGAUGAGAUUCCUGAGGGGUUUGGGGUCACCAUCGAGGGAGUUGGUUUCUAUCAUAAGCACCUCGUAGAUGCUCUGGAAAGAUGGAGGAGCCAGGGUACCGCCUACAAGCAAGGAAAGGCACAUCUCAUUGGCUAGGGGUAAUGUAGAUUGAAGUGUAUACCCUGGGAUCGAGUUACGACUUUCGUCCUAACUACUCGAAUCAGUAUCGAAGAAACGAUAAUUGGUGAUGGCGCCGUCUGAGGCAGCUAGAGGAAAUGUUUACACAUGAUUCUCAAC